AUGCCUAGGUUCAGAUACAGCAAAAACAAACCGCCGCAGGGCUUCGACGUGUUGGAAGACACCCUGGAGGAGCUGGACCAGAAAAUGAGAGAAAUCGAAAAUGAGCCGCACGAGGGGAAAAGAAGAAAGGAGUCGCUGUGGCCCAUCCUUCGCAUUCACCACCAACGCACGAGAUACGUGUACGAGAUGUUUUACAAAUACAAGGCGAUUUCGAAAGCCGUCUACGACUACUGUCUGGAAGAAAAAAUAGCGGACGCCGCGCUCAUCUCCAAGUGGAAAAAAAACGGAUACGAGAAGCUGUGCUGCCUCAUUUGCAUUCAGACGAAGAACACGAACUUCGGCGUCACAUGCAUAUGCCGCAUACCGAAAAUGCAGAGAAAGGACGGGAAGGAGAUAGAGUGCUCCAACUGCGGGUGCACCGGAUGCAGCAGCACCGAUUAA